GUUUGCGUGUCUUCGUCACUUCCGCUCACGCUGACUCCAGCUUGCAUCAUUUCUCGUCUCUCUGGCAGCCGGGGAAAGACACCAUACGCCAUGGUGGAGCCGGUCCCCGAGUCCAUCAACUUUCCCUCUGAGGAGGAGAAGAUCCUGCAUUUCUGGCAAGAAAAGGACUGCUUCCAGGAGUGCCUCAAACAGUCCAAGAACAGGCCCAAGUACACCUUCUACGAUGGCCCUCCAUUUGCCACAGGUCUACCCCACUAUGGUCACAUCCUAGCUGGCACCAUCAAGGAUGUUGUCACUCGCUUUGCCCACCAGAGUGGCUUCCAUGUGGACCGACGCUUUGGCUGGGACUGUCACGGCCUCCCUGUGGAGUAUGAGAUUGAUAAGACUUUGGGGAUCAAGGGCCCUGACGAUGUGGCCAAAAUGGGCAUCGCAGAGUACAACAAGCAGUGCAGAAACAUUGUCAUGAGAUACUCCAACGAGUGGGAGACUUCAGUGAAGAGGAUGGGCAGGUGGAUUGACUUCAAAAACGACUACAAGACUCUCUACCCGUGGUUCAUGGAGACUGUCUGGUGGGUGUUUAAACAGCUGUAUGACAAGGGUCUGGUGUACCGAGGAGUCAAAGUCAUGCCUUUUUCCACUGCCUGCAACACCCCCCUCUCCAACUUUGAGUCCCACCAGAACUACAAGGACGUUCAGGACCCAUCGGUGAUCGUUAACUUCCCGUUGGUUGAGAAUGAGGAUGUGGCUUUGAUCGCCUGGACAACCACACCCUGGACACUGCCGAGCAACCUGGCCCUGUGUGUCAACCCAGAGUUCUUGUACGUCCAGGUCAAAGAUAACACCACAGGCAAGACCUACAUCAUGAUGGAGGCCAGGCUGGGAGCUCUGUUUAAGACGGAGAGUGAGUACACUCUCCUGGACAAAUUUCCUGGCAAGAUACUGAAAGGGAAGAAAUACAAGCCUCUUUUCCAUUACUUUGAAAAGUGUGGGGAGAAAGGAGCCUUCCAGGUGGUGAUGGAUAACUACGUCAAGGAGGAAGAGGGCACAGGAGUGGUCCAUCAGGCACCUUACUUUGGAGCUGAUGAUUACAGGGUGUGCACUGAAUACAACAUCAUCCAGAGAGACCAGGCUCCUAUCUGCCCUGUGGAUGCCUCGGGCUGCUUCACUUCAGAGGUCACCGAUUUUGCGGGACAGUAUGUCAAAGAUGCCGACAAGAACAUCAUCAAGUGGCUGAAGGAGACAGGCCGCCUCGUCAACGCCAGCUCUUUCAAACAUAGUUACCCAUUCUGCUGGAGGUCUGACACGCCGCUGAUCUACAAAGCCGUCCCCAGUUGGUUUGUUCGAGUGGAGCACAUGGUGGAGAAACUGCUAGACAACAACGGAAAAUGCUACUGGGUUCCAGAGUUCGUGCGUGAGAAGCGUUUCGGGAACUGGCUGAGAGACGCACGUGACUGGGCGAUUUCGAGGAACCGUUACUGGGGCACACCGAUCCCUCUCUGGGUCAGCGAUGACUUUGAAGAGGUGGUGUGUGUGGGGUCCAUGGCUGAACUGGAGGAGCUGACCGGAGUCAAAGUAACCGAUCUGCAUCGGGAGAACAUCGAUGCUCUGACAAUCCCAUCACGGUGUGGUAAAGGUGUCCUGCGGAGGGUCACGGAGGUGUUUGACUGCUGGUUUGAGAGCGGCAGCAUGCCGUACGCCCAGGCCCACUACCCCUUCAAAAACAGGAAGGAGUUUGAGGACACUUUCCCGGCAGACUUCAUUGCUGAAGGCAUUGACCAGACCAGGGGAUGGUUCUACACCCUGUUGGUGCUCUCCACAGCCCUGUUUGGCAAACCGCCCUUCAAGAACGUCAUUGUCAACGGUUUGGUGCUUGCUAGCGAUGGACAGAAGAUGAGCAAGCGCAAGAAGAACUACCCGGAUCCGGGCCUGAUAGUGCAGAACUAUGGAGCUGAUGCCCUCAGACUGUACCUCAUCAACUCUCCUGUAGUGAGAGCAGAAAACCUGCGUUUCAAAGAGGAAGGUGUGCGAGAUGUGUUGAAGGAUGUCUUCCUGCCAUGGUAUAAUGCCUACCGCUUCCUGGUGCAGAACGUUCAAAGGCUACAGAAGGAGGAUGACAUUCAGUUCCUGUACAAUGAAAACACAGCGAAGCAGAGUGACAACAUCAUGGACAAGUGGAUUCAGUCCUUCACCCAGUCGCUCAUCCAGUUCUUCAAGGCUGAGAUGGAUGCUUACCGUCUGUACACCGUCGUGCCUCGACUGGUCAAGUUUGUGGACAUGCUCACCAACUGGUAUGUCAGGACCAACAGACGGCGUCUAAAGGGAGAGAGUGGCACUGAGGACUGCCUGUGGGCGCUGGAAACCCUCUUCAGUGUUCUGUUCUCCAUGUGCAGGCUGAUGGCUCCCUUCACACCGUUCAUUACAGAGAUGAUGUACCAAAAUCUGUGUCACCUCAUCGACCCUGCCUCUAUCGAAGAGAAGGACACCAGCAGCAUCCACUAUCUCAUGAUGCCCCAAGUCAGGGAGAGUUUGAUUGACAAGCGCAUUGAGAGCGCUGUCUCUCAGAUGCAGUCUGUGAUCGAGCUGGGAAGAGUGAUCCGAGACAGGAAGACACUGCCCGUCAAGUACCCACUGAAGGAGGUGGUGGUCAUUCACCAGGAUCCAGAGGCUCUGAAAGACAUCCGAUCCCUGCAGAAAUACAUCCUGGAAGAGCUUAAUGUGCGUCAGUUGACACUGUCGACAGACAAGGACAAGUACGGUAUCCGCCUGAGAGCUGAGCCAGACCACAUGGUGCUGGGCAAGAGACUAAAGGGGGCCUUCAAAGCCGUCACUGCGUCUAUCAAGGAGCUCACCAGCGAACAGCUAGAGGCCUUCCAGAAGACAGGAUGCAUCACGGUGGACGGACAUGAGCUUCAUGAGGAGGACCUCAGGCUGAUGUACACCUUCGACCAGAGCUCUGGCACAGCUGCGCAGUACGAAGCACACUCUGACUCGCAGGUCCUGGUGCUUUUGGAUGUCACCCCAGACCAGUCCAUGGUGGAUGAAGGCGUUGCCAGAGAGGUCAUCAACCGCAUUCAGAAACUACGCAAGAAGGGCCAUUUGGUGCCGUCAGAUGAGAUUACUGUGUAUUACCGCAGCCAGCCAGAGGGGGAGUACUUGGCCUCUGUGAUCCAGGCUCACACUGACUUCAUCCUGGCUACAACUAAGGCUCCACUUUUGCCCUUCCCUGUCCCCAAGACUGCCAGCGUCAUCAUAGAAGAAAAGACUCAGCUGAAGGGCUCAGACUUGGAGUUAACUAUUGUAAAGGGAUCUUCAGCUCCUCGGGCUCCUCUAAAUGGACCAGCUUGCACCUACGUGAACCUCAGAGUGAAGGUCAACAACAAAGAACAAGAGGGGAUGGUGCUGUUGGAGAACCCCAAAGGGGAUAACUGUCUAGAUGUGGACAAGCUGAAGAAAGUGUGCAGCAGCAUCUUUGGAACCAAUAACACCAAGCUCCAAAUCUUCAAUGGCGGGACUGAGCUGACCAGUAAAACAGACCUCCAGGCUUUGAGUGGUAAAACGUUGUCAGUGACGUCAGGCUCCUCCUCCCCUGGGCCCGCCCCCACCACCGACACCCUCCUAUGUCCUUAUGUGAACCUUCUGCUCUGCAACGCACAGCCAGCUGAGUGCCAGACAGGAGAGGUGGGCACGCUCCUGCUGGUGAACCCAGUGGGACAGAAUGGGCUUGACUACUCAGGCCUGCUGUCUGAAGCUGCCAAGGUUUUCGGCCUCCGCAGCAGACGGCUCAAACUCUACCUGGACCAGGACCUUACCCAGGAGCUGCCAUCUGAUGCAUCUGUAAAAUCUCUAGACACCAAAACUCUUUUUGUGAGAGUUCUUCCCACUACAGCAGAAGCAUAGAUCCUGAGAAUGAGAAGCCAUCUUUAAGAUCUUGGCGUCAACCUUUGUCUCUGAUACAUCAAAGGUUCCCUGAAUGAAGUUUUUUUACCUCUGAAGUCACAACAACCCCAUUGAUGUACAGUGGAUUAUGACAACACGAUGUGCGUCAUUUGUUUAGAUGCUUUUUUUGGAGGGAAAUCCUGAUGCAAAGCAGGCUUGUCUGUCAAGUUCAUCCCAUAGAAUCGCUAUCAGCUAUGUCUUGAAAAUUCUUAAGACGCUUUCAGGCACAAAUUAGCAUGACUUAAGAUUUUGAUGUGUUACAAGCAUUCCAAGAUGCUCUAAUUAAUCAUCGUAUUUAGCCAAGAUCUCUGUCGUUCUCCUUGAUGCAGUUUCUUUCCCUUGUUCUCUUUACUUUAUCACCAAAUGUAAGUGACAAUUUUUUUCAAGAAAGCACAAUGUGUUAGAAAGCUAUAUUUAUUCUGGACAGUGAAGGGAUUUGUCGGUAAACUUUUUACAUUCUUCUUUAGAAAAUUGAUGCACUUCAAGAACAGAAUGGUUGUUCAAACACAACAGCUGAACAGACCAGCUGGAUAGAUGUGUGAAAUGUGAAAGUGUGAAGUGGCCAGUCAUGGAAACUGGAAAUCUACCAGUGGAAGGAAAACCAGGCAUCGAAUUAACCAGAAAGAAAUGCCAAAGGUUCGUGUUUCAGUAACGUUGAAAUAAGGAUUCCAGGGAAGAGUAACCUGUCUAGCUGUCAGUAUUACCAAUGGAUGUUUUUUUUUUUUUUUUCUCUACUAUGCUAGUGAUAAAAAUUAUGCAAGCUACUUCCCUUUAGAGGCUUAUUUGAGGUGAGCUUAGUCCAGAGUAAUUAUUGCAGUGGCUCAUAAUUGGGAAACCAAUUUGGCCUAUUGUGCUUACACACCAUUUUGAAUUUAACAGAUAAACCUAUUCUGCUCAUUGCAUUGGGAAUCCUUUGACAAUUGUAAAGGCAUUUGAAAGGUGAAAUGGAUUUCUGGGCUGCUGUACCUCGGGGACAAAAGGGUUCUGUAAUAAAAAAAAAAAAAAGAGCAACAAAUGGAUAAUGUACUAUUAUAAGUGACAAAUGGAAUAAAUCAAAGGCGACUAAAAACCAACAUGUAUUUUUUUUUUCUUUCUGCUCAUUCAAACCUCAGUUUGUCGAGGAGAGACUCGCUGUACACCGUGUCUGUGGGAGCCUGGAGUCGGACUUUUCUAACAACAUGGAAAAAUGUGUUUUGUCUUUGAACAUUUUGACUGACUCAUGUUGCUCUCUUAAACAGCAAGAUCAGCGAACAAAAGCAACAAAAUGGAUUAAAAAUACCUUCAGCAGCAAUAAAUGAAUUUUUUAAGAAUA